AUAGAAGUCAAUAUGGCGUCGAACUAACCUGUGAAAUACGCUAAAAACUCUCACUUUUACACACGUAUAACUUCUGAACCAACGAAUCCCGCGCCUUAAAACUAGGAUUUUUAGAUUCUACGCGUAAAAUAUUUCAAGAAGACCUAACUUCACCUGCGGGUGUCUGGGAUACCCAUAAUCAUGAUCUCUCGAGAACAAAGAUAUGUCCAGUCUUUUUGUAUUUGUAGUCACUAUUUCAUAUUUAUAAAGGUUUGGUUAGGUUGUAUAAGAAUUUUGUGUCUGUUGCGUUAGUAAAUUGACAGUAAAUAAUAAUGGCAGUUCCGUCAGUUUCGUUAUCAACCCGAAAUAAAAAGCACUUUUUGGGAGUACCGGCACCAUUGGGAUAUGUUGCUGGUGUUGGAAGAGGAGCUACUGGAUUCACGACUAGAUCUGAUAUCGGUCCAGCUCGAGAUGCUAAUGAUGUCUCAGAUGACAGACAUGCUCCACCUACAAAAAGAACAAAAAAGAAAGAGGAAGAGGAAGAGGAUGAAGAAGAUUUGAACGAUUCUAAUUAUGAUGAAUUUUCUGGAUAUGGAGGUUCUUUAUUUAGUAAAGAUCCAUACGAUAAAGAUGACGAAGAAGCUGAUGCUAUAUAUGAAGCUAUUGAUAAACGAAUGGAUGAAAAACGUAAAGAAUAUAGGGAAAAAAGGCUUAGAGAAGAACUAGAAAAAUAUCGUCAGGAACGUCCGAAAAUUCAACAGCAGUUCUCAGACUUAAAACGAGAAUUAGUAAACGUAACUGAAGAAGAAUGGAAAAAUGUUCCAGAAGUAGGUGAUGCGAGAAACCGGAAACAGAGAAAUCCGAGAGCCGAGAAAUUUACACCCCUGCCAGAUUCUGUUCUCGCAAGAAACUUAGGUGGCGAAACUUCGACUAGUAUCGAUCCGUCUAGUGGUUUGGCAUCUAUGAUGCCUGGUGUAGCAACACCUGGAAUGUUAACUCCUACGGGAGAUUUAGAUCUAAGAAAAAUUGGACAAGCUAGAAACACUUUGAUGAACGUCAAAUUGAAUCAGGUUUCUGAUUCCGUGGAAGGGCAAACUGUUGUUGAUCCUAAAGGUUAUCUAACAGAUUUGCAAAGUAUGAUUCCAACUUAUGGUGGUGAUAUCAACGACAUCAAAAAGGCCAGAUUAUUAUUAAAAUCCGUGAGAGAAACGAACCCCAAUCAUCCGCCAGCAUGGAUCGCGUCUGCUCGUUUAGAAGAAGUUACAGGAAAGGUACAAGCUGCUCGAAAUCUGAUAAUGAAAGGGUGCGAGGUAAAUCCUACGUCAGAAGAUUUGUGGCUAGAAGCAGCUAGGCUUCAACCACCGGACACAGCUAAGGCGGUAAUUGCACAAUCCGUACGACAUAUACCAACGUCUGUUAGAAUCUGGAUAAAGGCAGCGGACUUGGAAACAGAAACAAAAGCUAAAAGAAGAGUGUACCGCAAAGCUUUGGAACAUAUCCCAAAUUCGGUAAGACUAUGGAAAGCAGCUGUUGAAUUGGAAGAGCCAGAAGAUGCACGGAUUUUACUCAGUCGAGCGGUCGAGUGUUGUCCGACCAGUGUAGAUCUAUGGCUCGCUCUUGCUAGAUUGGAAACCUAUGAUAAUGCAAGGAAGGUGCUCAACAAAGCAAGAGAAAACAUUCCGACAGACAGACAAAUAUGGACCACCGCUGCGAAAUUGGAAGAAGCAAAUGGAAAUAAACACAUGGUCGAGAAGAUUAUUGAUCGAGCGAUAUCCUCGCUAAGCGCGAACGGAGUUGAAAUUAAUAGAGAACACUGGUUCAAAGAAGCAAUGGAGGCUGAAAAGGCUGGUGCUGUGCAUACUUGUCAAGUUAUCGUCAAGGCAAUCAUAAGUUUUGGAGUAGAAGAAGAGGAUAGAAAACAUACGUGGAUGGAAGACGCAGAAACGUGUGCUCAACAAGGGGCAUUGGAAUGUGCUAGAGCUGUUUACGCCUACGCAUUGUCAACGUUCCCUAGCAAAAAAUCAAUCUGGCUACGAGCAGCUUAUUUCGAGAAAACAUAUGGAACGCGAGAAUCUUUAGAGUCCUUGCUUCAAAGAGCAGUUGCACAUUGUCCCAAAAGCGAAGUACUUUGGCUUAUGGGUGCAAAAUCGAAAUGGCUGGCGGGUGAUGUUCCAGCAGCUAGAGGUAUUUUGUCACUCGCGUUUCAAGCAAAUCCAAAUUCGGAGGAGAUAUGGUUAGCGGCUGUGAAAUUGGAAUCGGAAAAUUCUGAAUACGAAAGAGCUAGACGAUUGCUCGCUAAAGCUAGAGCAUCCGCGCCUACGCCUCGAGUUAUGAUGAAAAGCGCAAAAUUAGAAUGGGCUUUAAACAACCUCGAUGCAGCAUUGAAGCUACUAAAAGAAGCCUUAGAAGCAUUCGAUGAUUUCCCUAAAUUAUGGUUAAUGAAGGGUCAAAUUGAAGAACAACAAGGCAGUUUGGAUAAAGCUUUAGACACGUACAACCAAGCUAUAAAGAAGUGUCCGAAUUCAAUUCCAUUGUGGCGAUUAUUGGCACAAUUAGAACAUAGAAAGGGUCAAGUUACCAAAGCUCGAUCGGUAUUAGAAAAAGCACGUUUGAAAAAUCCGAAAAACGCGGAACUCUGGCUGGAAGCUAUUAGAAACGAAUUAAAAAGUGGAGGUGUCAGAGAUAUGGCGAAUACAUUAAUGGCGAAAGCAUUGCAAGAAUGUCCUACGUCUGGUUUACUUUGGGCUGAAGCGAUUUUCAUGGAACCGCGGCCACAAAGAAAAACUAAAAGUGUCGAUGCUCUGAAAAAAUGUGAACACGACCCUCAUGUACUUCUGGCAGUAUCAAAAUUGUUCUGGUGUGAACAUAAAAUCACCAAAUGCAGGGACUGGUUCAAUAGAACGGUUAAGAUAGAUCCAGAUUUGGGAGAUGCAUGGGCUUAUUUCUAUAAAUUUGAAUUGUUAAAUGGAACAGAGGAGCAACAAGAAGAUGUAAAGAAAAGGUGUAUUGCCGCUGAACCUCAUCACGGUGAAAACUGGUGUAAAGUAUCAAAGAAUAUAGUGAAUUGGUGCUUAAGCACAGAUCAGAUUUUAGUAUUAGUUGCAAAAGACCUACCGAUUCCAAUAUAAUAUUUAAUAAAAUAGAGGUUAAGUAUGUAUUGUACAUAUAUUUUUUAAGUUGUAUUAGAGUAAAUAAACUAUUAAAUUGUAUAAA